AUGCCAUCGCGGCUCCGCAACGCCGCAACAGCGGAGACUGCGCAGACAGAACACCGCUACGACAUUCCCGGCCUACAGUUCAACGAGCCUCUCUCAUGGCGCGCCGGCAAAGCGAUUCCGGUUGGCGACCUGUUGACGCGACUGCAGAAGCUCGCGACCGAGUUGCGCAACUACGACUUGGACCAAGUCGACUCGCGCGCCUUCACCACGCUGUCGCAAGAUCUGGCGAACGCGAAUCUUCUGGCACACAAGGACAAGGGCGUGAGAGCAUGGACGGUAUCGUGCAUCGUGGAUGUACUCAAGAUCUGCGCCCCUGAUGCGCCGUUCAUCGAGGGGCAAUUGAAGGACAUCUUCACCGUCGUGAUCAACUCGAUUCUACCUGCUCUUGUCGACCCUACAAAUGCCUACAAUGCGCAACAUGUCUACAUCCUCAGCUCCUUAGCCGAGUCACAGAGCAUUCUACUGGUCACCGACAUCCCGAACCAUGAGAACCUAAUCGUCUCCCUCUUCACCACUGCCUUCGACAUUGUGUCGGCUUCGGGAACCAAUCCUUCCGGUGUCGAGAUUUCGAAGAGUGUGGAAUACCAUCUCAAAAAUCUACUUGCUGCAGUCGUCGACGAAGUUAGUCUCCCGCAAGAAGUGACCGACAUCAUCAUCUCUCAGUUUAUGCGCGUCGAUGCUCGAAAUCUCCAAGACCAUGGCACCAAAGGCAAGAAGCGUGAUGGUCAAGACAGCAAACAAGGAACCCUCCUUCUCAAGGGUUAUCCACCGGCCUACAAUAUGGCAAAAUCCCUCUGCACGACUUGCCCGGAGAAGAUGACAGCUCAUAUCACACAAUACUUUGGCACAGUCAUUGUCGAUGCAACUGCGGCCACAUCCCUAAAUGGCGCCUCCAAAGGCCAUACUCGACGCGGCUCAGAAUUGGUUGAUGAUGAGGAGGACAAAGAAAGCGUGGCAGAUUUGCGCAAAGCCCACAGGUUACUCCGAGAGUUGUGGAGGGCUUGUCCGGAUGUCCUGCUUAAUGUCAUCCCUCAAAUCGAGGCUGAAUUCAACGCUGAUUCGGUGUCACUCCGUCAGCUCGCCACCGAGACCAUCGGAGACAUGACCGCUGGGAUUGGCAUUGCUGGAUUUACCCCUUCUGCACCACUAGACCCUGCUGCAUACCCAUUGCCAUCCAUCACCCAGCAAGACGAAUCUCCCUCACAGGUGGCGAAUCCGGUCCUGGCCCCUGCGUCUCCGAAACCAUUCAUGGCCGUGCAUGCCUCCGCUUAUCAGUGCUUCCUCGGAAGGCGGAAUGAUAGGUCACAUCUGGUCCGCGAAGCUUGGGCAAAGGCUGCCGCCCGAAUUAUGCGGACUUCGGCUGGAGGGAUCGGCAUGAGCUCUGAAGAGCUCGACAAUCUCCUCGUCGGCUUUGCGCAGAUGCUUCGCGACGUCGAGGAGCACGUACGUCUGGCGGCCGUCGUGGCCAUGGACAUGUUUACAUAUGACACCCUGAUCAAUGUCCUGGGCGCUGAUUCCGGUCUUGCAGCACGCGACACUGUAUUCUCAUCAUUAGCCGAUCGAGUCACAGACAAGAAGCAUCAUGUUAGAGAAGCGGCAAUGGAGCUCCUUGCUCGAAUCUGGGGUGUUGCCUCGCGCGACAUCGAACAAGGAAAUGACGUGGUCAGAGGCGUGAUAGGCGAUAUUCCCAAUCGCCUUUUCGGUGCCUACUUUACGAACGAGCCACAUGUCAUUGCCGUGCUCGACAGAGUUCUCUACGAAAGCUUGCUGCCCCUCUCGUUUCCUCCGUCAAAGGUUAACACGUCUCGUGCCGACAGUCAGAAGCAGCGAGCCAAGGACAAAGAAGGCAGCUCACAGGAAGAGCCAGUAUUCGACCCGGAUGCUAUCAGGGCGCGUCGUGUUCUCACACUUGUGCAUAGUCUGGAUACAAAACGGCGCCAGGUAUUCUUCGGCAUGCAGCAUCGCCAAGUGCAGCUGAGCAAGGGAAUGAAAGUCUUUCUGGACACAUGCGAAGAAUACAACGGAGGUGUGGUGGAAGACGACUCUUCGGAGGCGACACUUAAAGCCCGCCUUACCCGUAUGAUCGAAACGAUCUCAAAAACUUUUCCCAAUCCAGGUGCAUUGUCCGAUGACCUGUGGAAAUUCGCCAAACAGCACGAUCGUCGGUGCUAUCAGCUGAUACGAUUUGCUACUGGUCCGGAGAACGAGUACCGCACAGUCACCAAGGCUAUCAAGGAACUCAACAAACGGAUGCGCGAAGGACCGGCGAACAUGCACUCGCUUGUUGACACCAUCCAGCCUAUCCUAUAUCGAUGUGCGUUACUUGCGUAUAACCGCAGUCAUAUCCCGACGAUCAUGGAAAUAUCCAGGUCCGGUGAGAACGGCCUAGGAGAAGUCGCCCAUGAAGUCUUGAGUCAGAUCUCAGCGCGAAACCCAGAAGUAUUAAGGUACCACAUUCAAGCUCUGUGCAAAGAGCUCGAGGAAGAGGCGCCAACAGCAAAGAAGCCAGAAAAAGAUGGAGCUGCUGCCACACUCAAAGCAUGUGCAGGGUAUGCUCGCAAGUACCCUUCGGAUCUGCCCAAGGAGCGCAAGUUCAUGACGGUCUUGACGCAAUUCGCUUUGUUCUCCAGAUCUCCCCGAGCAGCAAAGCAUGCAGUAUCGAUUAUCAUGAUGGUGGCUGACAAGAAGGAAAUGUACGCAAGAGAUCUACUGUCGAAGGCAUUGCAAGCACAGGUUCCGUAUUUCCUUGCUCGCCUCGCCACGAUAGCACAACUUUGCCUGCUUGCGCCUGCCGCUGCGAACGUCGAGGCCGACGCAAUUCACACCCUGGCUGUCCCAGAAAUACUGCUGAAAAAUCGACACCCAAGCCGCAAUGACGAUUCGAAUGCGUGGGACGAUACAGAUGACGAGGAGACAAUGUCGAAAGGUCUGGCAUUGAAGAUCCUGGUCAAUCGUGCCCGAGCGCCGAUUGAAAACCCCGAAAGUGAUGAAUCGGCAUCACCGAUAAAGGUGGCUUUCAAAUACCUCACAGCGUUGAUCAGGAACGCAGGCGAAAUUACUGACUCGGCUGACACACCCCCCGCACAGAAGAACCGGUUGCGACUCACAGCCGUCCACUUCAUCUUGAAGCUUUGUAAUCACGGCAGGAAGUGCGAGGACCACAUCGAUGCACAGGAAUUCAACAAGAUCGCGCUGAUCAUGAUACAUCCUCCCAACCCGGUGCGCACUGGCUUCGUCAACUCGCUGAAGAAGUACCUCGGACGGAGCCUAGCUCCCAGAUGGUUCACGGCUUUCUUCCUACUUGCGUUCGAGCCAGAUGUGGAACUUCGUUCGUCGACAAUAACAUGGCUCCGAGCACGCGCGCAGUUGUUCCAGCGGCAGCAACUCUCAGCGAAGAAUGAGGAGAAGAAGAAGCAACAACCCAUUCUGGAACCGGUUUUCGCGCGUCUGAUCAGCAUCUUAGCCCACCACCCAGAUUAUCCGACACAGGACAGCGACGACCCCGACGGGGAGUUGCUGGACUUCGCCAAGUAUAUUGUGUUCUAUCUUUGGAGCAUGUCAAAUGACGACAACUUGUCACUAAUCUUUCACUUCGCGCAGCGUGUCAAAGAUGUGAAAGAUGGUGUCACAGGGACUGAGGAGGCGAGUGAAAGACUCUAUGUACUCAGCGACCUGGCUCAGGCGGUCAUUCGGAACUAUGCCGACAUUAUGCCCGGCCAUUCCAAAGGAGCCAGCAACCUUCAGACAUAUCCUGGUAAGGUGACGCUUCCAAAGGCUCUUUUCAAGCCAUUAGCAUCCCACGAGGCUGCGCGAGAAAUUGCUGAAAAGAACUACUUGCCCGAGGAGGUAGCUGUUGGCCUUGAGAAAAUGAUAAGAACAUACAUCAAGGAAUUGAAAACUGGCGUACAACCUCCCAAGCGCGCUCCGGCAGCGGGCAAGAAGAGGAAAAGCAACGCAUCUGGUUUAGAGGGCGACAACGAUGAUCAAGAAGAGAAGCCGGCCAAAAAGGCGAAGAAGAGCACGCUUCCAAUCCGGAAAACGCCGAAACACAAGCGGAAGAGUAGUGCGCCCCCUAGCAGCGCGACACUGCCUUCCCGGAAGAGUGGUCGUAACUCAAGGGUCACGACGUAUGCAGAGUCCGACACUUCAGAUGAAGAUGCGGAGAUGCAAGAUGCGGAUGAGGCCGCAAGCAGUCCUAUAGCGGGGCGACCGAGAAAGGCGAAGCAGCAAGAGCCGGAAGCGGUGCAUGAGGAACCCACCGAAGACGAAAACAACGCUCUCGACCAGGAGGCCGAAGACGAGGCCGUUGAUGAAGUAGACGUGCACGAAGACCAUGAUGCCGCUGUCAAUGGAAAUGAUACAGGAACGGUCGAGGAGGAAGAGAGAUCGCCACCGCUGAAGGAGAAGCAGAACGCUGCUACGAGACGAGGGCGGGGGAAAGGUGGAGGGAGCAAAAAGACGACUCCAGCAAAUAAAAGUACACCACCUCAAAAGCUACUUGAACAACCAGCAAGGACGACCAGACAGACGCGCAGAGCGAAAGGGUAG